GAAAAGGCAUAAGUAGAGAAAUUUCCUCACGUUUGUUAAAUGUAGGAAAACAAAUAAUGUUUAUAUCAUAAAUGUAUCCUAUUCUGCCUUUUUUUUCACUCAAGAAGUUCCGUGGUUGUCAGCCUGUAGAGGGCGGUAUUGCUUCCUCGAAGCGCUGCGGAACGUAGUUGCAUGGAAAAUAUUCGAGUCGGUAUGUAAACAGUGUAGCACAUUGGACAUUGAAAGUGUUUUUCUUAAUAGAGAAAUUUAUGUAUAACAAGUGGCUAGUCUAACCUACAUAAGUUAGCUUAGACUAUCUGUGGUGAUGAAACUGUGCCAGACUCUCAGAAAUGUCGACAGAUUCAGGACAGUGUUUGACUUUGGAGGCCGGGAGGUGGCUCACUGGUUCCCAGGACACAUGGCGAAAGGGUUGAAGCAGAUGAAAGCCAACCUCAAGAAUGUGGACUGCAUCCUAGAAAUCCAUGAUGCCAGAAUCCCCUUGUCUGGAAGAAACCCCAUAUUUCAGGACUCACUGAACGUAAGGCCACAUCUCCUUGUUCUGAACAAGAUGGACCUCGCUGAUCUAUCCAACAAGCAGAAAAUCUUGAAGAAACUAGAAAAUGAUGGAGUGAGGAAUGUGCUCUUUACGGACUGUUUAAAGCAAAGAGAUGACAACGUCAAAAAGUUGGUGCCACUGGUGAUGGAAUUAAUUAAGACCGGUGACCGUUUUAACAGAGAGGAGAAUAGAAAUUACUGUCUCAUGGUGAUCGGAGUGCCCAAUGUGGGGAAGUCAUCACUUAUUAAUGCACUGAGAAGAACAAAUGUUAAAAAAGGCCGUGCAUCGCGAGUGGGUGGGGAGCCAGGGAUAACUAAAGCCGUCCUGACUAAAAUACAGGUUUCUGAGAGACCGUUGAUGUACCUGCUGGACACACCCGGCGUGUUACCCCCUAAGAUCGAGAGCGUGGAGACGGGCAUGAAGUUGGCUUUAUGUGGAACUAUCCUGGACCAUUUGGUGGGUGAAGAUGUUAUUGCAGACUACCUGCUCUUUUCUUUGAACCGACUCAGGAAGUUUGGAUAUGUAGAGAAAUAUGACCUCCAAGAGCCAAGUGACGACAUCCAGCACGUCCUCAAACGUAUCGCUGUGAAACUCGGAAAGACUCAGCGAGUCAAAGCCAUCACUGGAGUAGGAAACAUCACUGUCACCAUCCCAAACUACACAGCAGCAGCUUACAAUUUCAUCAGAGCAUUCAGGAAAGGAGAGCUGGGACAAGUACUCCUGGACUGACCAGAGACAUUUUUAGAUUUAUUCACCUCUUAAAUGUCAACAAAAGAGGACUGCUUAUGUCUCCUCUGAUGUUUUGCAGAGAUCAACCUCUAAAUACUAUUUGUAAAUAAAAGUAUUUAACUUAAA